GAGCUACACCAUUUUGGGUCUCGGAUGCUAACAGCAGCUAGCUGUCGGUGUUAGCUUCCACGGCGCUUCGUUGCUUAUUUUCGUUUCCAUUUUCCUGCUUUCAUAUCAAAGUUGAGUAAAAAGAGAGUCGAACCCGCCUUCAGGACCGAACCCGAACCUUUCUUCGUCUGAGAAAUGGACGGAGAAGACGACGAGUUCAUGUCCGGGCGCCGCUCCGAUGACGGAGGCGGAACUCCGGUUCAGGACGAACAUCCGGCGUCUGAUGGCGAAGAGAUGAGGAGCGACGGGCGUCAAUCUGAGGACGAAGGCAGUAACGACGAGGACGCCGCCCAGCGGAUGGAGACCGGCGGAGCGGCCAGCGGCUCCGACAACGAGGACCGUCGGGGUCCGAAUAGCGACUCCGAGGACGAGGCUGCCAGGGGUCACUGUGACGACGGGAGCGACUCGGAGGCGGAAGCCCCGCGGCCGGCCGACAGCGAUGACGACUCUCCAGUCAAACGCAGGAUGAGCGCGUCCGACGACGAGGAGGAAGAUUCUCCGGAGAAACGCAGGACAAGCGGCUCGGACAACGAGGAGUCGUCGCCGAUCAAACACGGAGCGUCCGACAACGAGGAGGCGUCGUCUCCUGCCAAAGGCAGAGGGAGCAGCUCGGACAUGGAGGACGGCGAGGACGGGCACAAGGCGGCUGCCGACAGCGACUCGGACAACGAGGACGCCAAACCCGCGGCGUCUCCAGACCACCGGUCCAACGCCGACAGUGACUCUGACACAGAGACGCCAGCCAGACCCAAGGUGGUGGCAAUGGACUCUGACGAUGACAACAAACAGGAAGGACGUGGAGGGAAGUGGAAGGCAGUGAUGCAGUCCGACAGCGAGGAGGAGGAGGAGGGAGGACGGAGGAAGGCUGCUGCAGGAAGUGAUGGAGAGCAGCGACAGGAAGACGAGGAGCGACGGCAACGAGACGACAGCGAUGACGAGGACGAGAAACCAGUGAAGAGGAAGAAGGCGAUCUUGUCGGACAGCGAAGACGAAGACGAGGAGAAAGAAGACAAACCAGCGGUUAAAAGGAGUCGGGCGGUUUCGGACGACGAGAACUCGGACAGCGACGACGGUUUGGUCGGUCCAGAUAAAAGUCUGGCGGCCAAACUGAAGGAGCUCGGCUCGGACAGCGAGAGCGAAGACGACGAGAGGUCGAAGGCUGCGGCGGGAAACAAGGACGAGAAGGCGCUGUUCGGCAGCGACAGCGAAUCAGGAGACGAGGAGGAGAAAAUGAUUGCCGACAUCUUCGGAGAGUCGGGAGACGAGGAGGAGGAAGAGUUCACGGGAUUCAACCAGGAGGAUCUAGAAGGAGACAAGAAGGAGGCGACGGAGAAGCAGCAGCAGGUGGAGGAAGACUCCGACUCUGACGAAGGCGUCGAUCGCAGCGGCCAAGACACCAGCUUCAUGUCCGACUUUGACAUCAUGCUCGCCAAGAGGAAAGCCAUGAACAGCAGGAAGAGGCGGCACAAUGACGGAGGGACGUUCAUCAGCGACGCCGACGACGUGGUCAGCGCCAUGAUCGUCAAGAUGACCGAGGCGGCGCAGGAGGAUCGAACUCUGAACAGCCAGAAAAAACCGGCACUGAAGAAACUCACUCUGCUGCCACAAGUCGUCAUGCACCUGAAGAAGCAGGACUUGAAAGAAACCUUUAUCGACAGCGGAGUGAUGUCAGCCAUCAAAGAGUGGAUCAGUCCUCUUCCAGACAAAUCUCUGCCGGCUUUAAGGAUCAGGGAAGAAAUGCUCAGAAUCCUGCAGGAGCUGCCCAGCGUCAGUCAGGAAACCUUGAAACACAGCGGCAUCGGACGGGCCGUCAUGUUUCUGUACAAACAUCCCAAAGAGUCUCGAUCCAACAAAGACCUCGCUCUCAAACUCAUAAAUGAAUGGUCGCGGCCGAUCUUCGGUUUGACGUCCAACUACAAAGGAAUGACGAGAGAAGAGCGACAGCAGAGAGAUCUGGAUCAGCAGAUGCCUCAGAGACGACGACUCAGUCAGCCUCAGAAGGUGGAGAGGGCGGAGGAACCCGACGUCUUCUCUCCACCCACCAGCUCUGGAGGUCAGACGCCUCGCAGGGAUCUGGAGAAACAGCUGACCGGAGAGGAAAAAGCUCUGCGACCCGGAGAUCCUGGUUUCUGUGCUCGAGCUCGGGUCCCGAUGCCCUCCAACAAGGACUACGUGGUCCGACCCAAGUGGAACGUGGAGGGCGAUUCCAGCCGGAGUGGCUAUAAAAAGGCCAUCAGCCUGCUGGAGAAGCACAAACGUCGCUUCGCCGAGCAGAAGAAAAUGCGACGACCGCAGGGAGCUGUGAAGAUCAGCAUCGAAGGGAACAGGAUGCCGCUGUAGCUGCCGCUGCUCGCCUGUAGGGGGCAGGUCCGGUGAAAAAAGGUUUAUCUCGAGUGGAUAAACAGAUGCGUAGAUUUGCUGACAUCCGCCGCCUCACAAAGACGGGUCACGCCGUUAAAAUCAGCGUGGAAGGAAACCGGAUGCCGCUCUGAUUUUUCUUUUUUUGUCUUUUUUUUUUUUUAAACUCUCCAUAGGAUUUAUUCAGUUUUUUUCUUUUUAACAUUUUGCUCCUGAACAACAGCUGCUUCCUCCUCAGGUUCAGCUCUGCCUUACUGAAGGACUGAGGUCAAAACUCUUCAGUCAGAAUGUCAAAAUAAAAGAAACUUCGCUGGUCUCUGGACAAAAACACUCCAAAAUGAUCGAGAGAACAAACAUUGGCUUGUGUUAGCAGUUAGCUACAUUAGCUGUCGCUCCACAACAGCUGUAUCCAAAAUGUUAGCUGAUCUUAGCACUGAAUUAGGUUGUUCAAAAUAAUGCUAGCAGUCUCCAAGUACAGAAUGCUAGCUAAUGUUAGCAGACAGUUGGUAGAACUGGUGUUAUUUGUCUUUGAUGUUAAGCUAGCAUCAGCUAAAAGAGCUACUGGUCCACAAUCCUCUCUAAUGUUAGCAGUCACUUGGAGGAAAAACUAAAAUAAGCUGAUUUUAUCAUUAUGCCAAAGCUAACUAAGAUAGUUAUUGUUAGCUGUCAUCUUUAUCUGUCUUUAGUAACAGAAUCCUGGCUAAUGUUAGCAGUCGGUUGGAAGUGAAAUUGCUGUAAUGCAGUCCUGAGUAAUAACUUUUGUUAACUUUACCUCAUAGCCAACUAAGAUGGCUAAUGUUAGGCUCAUGUUAGCAUUCAGCUUUAUUGCCAAGUCCAGAAUUUUAGCAAAUGUUAGCCGUUGCUUAGAAGUAUGACUUGUAUCGGCCAACUUUGAUGUAAUGCUAGCACCGGCCAAGAUUGUUGAUGUUAGCAUAUACAGAAAGUUAGCUGAUGAAAUCAGUCACUUGGAGGUAAAACUGAUUUUAACCAACAUUAUCUUUGUAUCAAAGCUAACUAAUAAGACUAAUGUUAGCUAUCAGGAGGUAAAAUUACUAUAACGUUGUCUUUAAUAUGAACUGUUAGCUUUAUGUGAAAGCUAACUAAGAUAGCUAAUGUUAGCUGUGCUAGCUUUAAGGUAAAUGUAGCUCGUUCAUACUUUAAGAUUGUGUCAUGAGCUAGCUACAUCAGCUUGAAGCUUUAUCCCUAAACAUAGGUUCAGAACACGAGCUAAUCUUAGCAGUUGUUAGCAGCUUCAGACCAACUGGAUUGUUACUGUUGCUAAUGUUAACACAGUGCUAAUGUUAAAUUUCAGUAACGUUAGCUGAUGUCAAUUAGAAGAGGAAACUGACUUUCUUUCAUAUCUUGAGCAUCUGGCACUUCUUACCGUAGUUAGCUACAUCAGUAUAAUGUCAAAUGGCUAGCAAUAGCUGAUGUUAGCAGUUAGCCACAUUAGUUACGGGAUAGCAACAGGAUCCACUAAGAUAACUAAUGUUAGUGGUGUGUUACCUUUACCUAAAGCUGACACAGUUAGCAUGUGUUAGCCUUCAGCUUUUCAACUUUUUACAGCUUUAAUCUCUGAGGCUAAGGCUAGCUGUUAGCUACAUCAUCAUGAAGGUCUAAAGUCUCAUUUUAUCCAUUAGCAUUAGCUUCUGUUGGCAAACAGCUGAUCUGAGGGUUGUUUUGGUGAGUUUCUUGUCCAGAGGACCGUCAGGUUUCAACAUUGGAUCAUUAAAGUCCCUCCUGCCCUCUUUGUCUCUGGAUGUGAAGGUGUUUGUAUUCUGCUGAUAGUCUGGUCCAUUUUGUCCCUUCUCUGCUCCCGUAGCAGCUGUACAGGAAACCAUGGACUCUGCAGGACUGAGUUCACACAUUGACACAAGGACUCUGUUUGACCCGGGCCAGGUCUGUGGUCCGGAGUCGAUGUGGACUCUGUGAACCGGCCCGUCUCUGUGCACUGUUCUGGAUCAGAUGAUACUUUUCUUAAUAAAGACUCCACAGAAAUUCA